CCACAGUGAAACUGGACAACUGGACAGUUCCUGAGCAUUCGUUGUGUUGAGCAAGAAGAAAAUGAGCAUUCUGUCAUCUCUGUCUGUGACAUGGAGUCUAGUCGUACUGGUGGUCACUCUUCUGUUUAUUUAUGGUGUGUGGCCGUAUGGAUUGUUUAAAAAGCUGGGGGUCCCAGGACCAAGGCCUUGGCCUUUCUUUGGAACUUUUCUAGCUUACAGAAAGGGUUUCUACAAAUUUGACACUGAGUGUUACAAGAAAUAUGGAAAGAUUUGGGGGAUAUAUGAUGGAAGGUUACCAAUUCUAAUGGUCUUAGACAUUGAAAUGAUCAAAUCCAUUUUGGUGAAAGAGUGUUAUUCUGUCUUCACUAACAGAAGGGAAACAAACCUGGAUUUGGCCGGCGCCUUUGCUGAUGGAAUAAGUGUUGUAAAAGAUGAGAAAUGGAAGCGAAUCCGUGGUUCGCUCUCACCAUUGUUCACGAGUGGACGACUGAAGGAGAUUUUUCCAAUAGCUGACAAGUAUGGAGAUUGCUUCAUUGAGAACUUGAAGAAGAAGAACCCAGAAGAUGGAAUUAAAAUUAAAGAUGUCCUCGCUCCCUACUCUAUGGAUGUUGUUGCCAGCGCCUCCUUUAGUGUGGAAAUCGAUUCUAUAAACAACCCGAAUGAUCCUUUCGUUGCCCACAUCAAGAAGAUGUUUAGCUUCAACUUUUUCAGCCCCAUUUUCCUGAUACUGACUCUGUUUCCCUUCACUGCUUCACUUUUAGGGAAAUUGGGAAUUACUCUGUUUUCAAAAUCAAGUAUGGACUUUUUCUACAGUUCCCUGAAGAAGAUAAAAGACCAGCAUAACACAAGUAAUAAUAAACGAGUGGACUUUCUGCACCUGAUGAUUCAGAACCAGAUUUUGGAUGAGCAAGCUGAGAAAGCCUCGAGUGAGCAACCAGUCAAAGGGUUGACUGACCAUGAGAUUCUUUCCCAGUCCUUCAUUUUUGUCCUGGCAGGAUAUGAGACCACCAGCACCACCCUCACUUUUCUACUGUAUAAUCUCGCAACUAAUCCAGACUGCCUGAGCAAACUGGUCGAAGAGAUUGAUGAAGCCUUUCCUCAUAAUGCUCCAGUGACCUACGAUGCGCUGAUGAAGUUGGAGUAUAUGGACAUGGUCAUCAAUGAGUCGAUGCGUCUCCUCCCUACUGCCCCACGUUUGGAGAGAAUGUGCAAGAAGACCAUAGAGCUCAAUGGGAUCACGAUACCUAAAGACAUUCUUGUUACAAUCCCAACUUAUGUUCUGUACAGAGAUCCACAGCUGUGGGAAUCUCCUGAAGAGUUCAGGCCUGAGAGGUUUAGUUCAGAGAAUGACAUCAACCAGUACAUUUUCAUGCCAUUUGGCCUCGGGCCUCGCAACUGCGUAGGAAUGAGGUUUGCUUUGAUGAUCAUGAAACUGGUGGUGGUGAAGCUGCUGCAGAACUUCAGCAUAGAGACAUGCAGAGAGACACAGAUUCCCAUUCAGCUCAAUGGCCUCUUUCAGCCAACAGUUCCUGUGACCCUAAAGUUUGUACCAAGAUCUCACAAAGAGGAAUAG